AAGAUAAGAGGGAAGGAAUGUGAAAGGAAAAAAAUUUAUCAACUCGGUCAGUGAUAAAAAUCUUUGAAGAAUUAAUUAACGGAAAUAAAAAUUUGUUACUUCCAUUGGAAACAUUAUUAUUGAAUGAUGCGCAUUGUUGUUGGCACUCACGUCAAAAAAGCAUUAAAACUUAAUAAAAAGAUGACAGAAGAGAGUGUAUAGUAAGACAAUUAUCUUUUUAUUUCGACUAUCGUUUUUUUGUAUUUAAAAGAACAAAUCACUCACUUCGAUCAGUUGACUUUCGAUGACAAUAUGACAAUCAUUAGUGUUUUUUCUUGUUUCACUAUUAUUGUGACAAUUGGAAAAUGUCAUGUUGUGAAAUCAUCAACAUUCAUUGAUGAUGAUAUCUAUCGAUUUGAGAAUGAGGACACAAAAAUAUUUCAAAAUAAAGGAUUAUGGUUUUUUGAUGAUUAUGACAAUUUAAUUGAAGCUACUUUAAAUAAAAGUCUCCUUAUGUCUGGUGAUGUUAAUUUAAAUUUGAAUCUCGAGAAUUAUGUUUUUUUUCUACUCUAUACAAGAGAAAAUAUUGAAAAUUUUCAAUGGCUCUAUCUCAAUGAUAAUGUUACAUUAACGCAGAGUAAUUUUAAUUCAAAACGACCAACAAGAUUUAUCACUCAUGGAUGGACCAAUAGCUAUAAAAGUCCAGCAUGCACUCUUAUUAAAGAUGCGUUUCUGGAACAGGGAAAUUAUAACGUUAUUGUUAUUGACUGGAGCAGAAUCUCAAAGGGCGAAUAUAUUUAUGCAUCGUAUCAAGUAAAAAAAAUUGGUAUGUAUGUAGCUGCUAUGAUUGACUUUCUACAAACACAAGGAUUGGAUACAUCAACGACAACACUUGUUGGCCAUUCUCUUGGAGCGCAUGUUAUGGGCCUAGCAGGAUAUCAUUCUUUAAAUAUUAUUAAUUACAUUGUUGGCCUUGAUCCUGCAUGGCCUCUUUUUGGAACAGCGUCUGAAGGUUCGAGAAUAUCAUCAAAUGACGCUGAUAAUGUGGAAAUUAUUCACACAAACGCAGGUUAUCUAGGUUAUAAAACAGAUAUUGGUGACGCUGAUUUUUAUCCAAAUGGUGGUAUUUCACAAAUUGGCUGUCUUAUCGAUGUAUUUGGAAUUUGUUCUCACAAGCGUGCAAUUCAACUUUAUGCUGAAUCAAUAUUAAGUAAAGAUGGAUUUUAUGGAAAAAAAUGCGAUGACUAUGAUUCGUAUCAAGAAGAAAAAUGUAAUGGCGAAAUUGCACUCAUGGGUGGGAUAAAGAAAAAUUUUAAAUUCAAGGGAAAAUUCUUUCUUCACACAAGAGACAAGCCACCCUUUGCAGUGGGUCAUAAUUAGUGUGUUUCUUAAUAAACAUUUUAUUUUCUAAUUUUUUUUUUAUAUAUAAAAAAGAUUGAAAUUAAAAAUUAAAGAAUUUCUAUAAAAAUAAUCUAAUGUGGAACAAAUAUAAAAUCGAUUUCAAAAAAAAAAAAACAAAAAAAAGAAUUGAAAUCAAAUAAAAAAUGUAGAAAUUACAAAAAAAAAUUUGUCUACAAUUUCCCUUCAAUUUAAUUGCUAUUGAUUUCAUUAAAUGCUUUUUUUCUCCUCCCAUAAUGUCAUCAUUCGAUGUCACUAACCAGAGAGAAUUAAUCAUUAUAAUGGAUUCAAAAAGCAAUUCAAUAAAAAAUGAAAAUUCUCCACUUAUAUUUAUUAAAAUACCAUUGACUAAUAAUAAUACGAAAACAAAAAAAAAAGGAAGGCAUGUUCUUAUCUGUGAAAAAUGGAUUUUUUAUUGAGAAAUCUGAUUUAUUAGUAGAUUGGGAUAUUUUUGGUGUCUUAGAAAAAAAAAAAUUCCAAUACGUUUAAAAAAUGGGUUAGAAAAAAAAGUGAAUUCAGUUGAAACGAGCUUUUAUUUGUUUGCUCGUAUAAAACAGAUGCGGUUUAUAAAUAAUUGAUACAUUCAAUUUUUUUACCAGAAUUUUUCAUUUGA